UUUGUACCUAGGUGAAAUGUCAACAAAAAUGCCAAGCCUUAAACUGAAAAUUGAUCCUCGGGAUCUGCACAUCCAGACGUUUACAGUGGAGAAAUUAUUGGAACCAUUGAUAAUUCAGGUUACAACACUAGUGAACUGUCCACAGAAUCCUUCCAGUAAGAAAAAGGGCCGUUCCAAACGAGCUCGUGUCUUGCUGGCAUCUGUGGAAGAAGCCACUUGGAAUCUGUUGGACAAGGGGGGAAAAAUUGCCAGGGAAGCAACUGCGUUUAAGGAGGAACUUCAUGCUGCACUUGCUGAUGUCCAGAAAGACA